AUGGAGGUAGACCCUCCUCCCUUGACUGCGCCGGUUGAGGUCACUGGUGACUCAGGUCCUACUGAGGGUGGUCCUUCUCGGGGUGCUACUUCUAGGGGUGCUGAGCCUGGGGGUGCUGGGCCUGGGGGUGCUGAGCCUGGGGGUGCUGAGCCUGAGGGUGCGGAGCUUGAGGGUGUGGAGCCUGGUGGUGCUGAGCCUGAGUGUGAGGGGUCUGGGGGUGCUGAGCUUGGCGGUACUGACGCUGGAGGUUCUGGAGCUACUGAGGGUGCUGGCGCUGGAGGUUCGGGAGCUGCUGGAGGGCCUAGUACUGGUGGCGCUGGAGCUGGAGGUUCUGGAGCUGCUGAGGGUGCUCGUGCUGGAGGUUCUGGAGCCGCUGGAGGUACUGGUGCUGAGGGUACUGACACCGGAGGUUCUGGAGCCGUUGGGGGUGCGGGCGCUGAGGGUUCUGAGUCUGCUGUUGCGCGGUCUCCUUGGAGUAGCCGCCUUCGUCCACGUGUGCCUCUCACCCCACAGCAGCUGCAGGACUGGUACGGUCGCCGUCAGCGUCGCGCUGCUGGAGCUAGGAGUGGUGCUGGUCCUUUGUCUACUGGAGGUGCUGGAGUCGCUGGUUCUGGAGGUGCUCGUGCUGGAGACCCUGGGACUGGAGGUGCUGGUUCUGGGGGUGCUGCUGCUGGAGACACUGAGGCUGGAGACCCUGGGACUGGAGGUGCUGGGUCUGGGGGUGCUGCUGCUGGAGACACAGAGGUUGGAGACCCUGGGACUGGGGGUGUCGGCUCUGGGACUGGAGCUUCUGGAGCUGCUGGAGGUACGGGAGCUGCUGGAGGUACUGGAGCUGCUGGAGGCACUGGAGCUGCUGGAGCUGCCGGUACUGGUGCAGCUGCGCCGACACGACUGUUCUUCGCUCCGCCGUCUCCGUCGUCUCUGCCGCCGCCUGACUCUGCUCUUCGUCAGGUUGUUACUCUCCCGUCGUCUACUGGUCUUCCGUUACAGACUGGCUCACCGCUACCUGAUCCCUUUCCUUACACUGAGCAGACAGGCAGUCCUGCUACGCGUCGUGAGCCUGCGUCGCGUCCUGUCUCGCCUAUUCGUUCUGGUCGUACCGUUCGUCGUGUCGCUCGUGCGCGUCAGCCGGCUGUCCCCAGCGCACACCUUGUUGUCCGUCGUCCUUCCUCUGCUCCGCAGCCUGUUCCUCUACCGUCUCCCCCUGCGUCCUCUCUGCCUGCCGUUCCGGACCCUGAGUCUGACCGGUUUCGUACUGAGCACCCUACUGUCACGCGUCUCCUAGCCACUGUUGUCACUGACCCGUCGUUUGAGUCUACUGCUGCGUCUGCCUUGGUCGCUGAGCUUGUUGACUUUGCUGCUGCCUGUCGUCUAGACUACGCCGCCAGUCUUGUUGCUGAGUCUGAGUCUGUCUGUCCUCCGUCCGUCGGGGGUGAGUGUGCUCUUAGCACGGACGUCCUUGAGGACAGGCAGGAGGAGUUCCAGUGUCUUGCUGCUGCUUUACCUCAUCUUGUGUCCUCGCUACUUGCCCCUAAGGGAGACCCGGAUGCACCAGACAUCCCGACUCCGCGCUCUUACGCAGAGGCGAUAGAGGGUCCCUACUCCUCUCAGUGGCAGGCAGCCAUGGACGCAGAGAUGGCUUCCUGGAAGUCCACAGGCACCUACGUUGACGAGGUUCCCCCACCUGGGGCGAACAUCGUCAGUGGCAUGUGGAUUUUCAGGGUGAAGCGGCCGCCAGGUUCUCCGCCUGUCUUCAAGGCGCGUUACGUGGCUCGAGGCUUCAGUCAGCGAGAGGGAGUUGACUUCUUCCAGACCUUCUCCCCCACCCCGAAGAUGACCACUCUUCGGGUGCUGCUGCAUGUUGCUGCUCACCGUGACCACGAGCUUCACUCUCUUGACUUCAGCACUGCUUUCUUGCAGGGCAGCCUGCACGAGGAGAUCUGGCUGCGCCGCCCCCCGGGCUUCACUGGGUCGUUCCCUCCUGGCACCCAGUGGAGCCUCCGGCGGCCGGUCUACGGUCUCCGCCAGGCGCCACGUGAGUGGCACGACACAAUGAGGACUACGCUUGCGGCUCUUGGGUUCGCGCCUUCUACUGCUGACCCGUCGCUGUUUCUGCGCACCGACACUUCACUGCCGCCGUUCUACAUCCUCGUGUACGUCGACGACUUGGUUUUUGCCACUGCUGACACUGAGGCUCUCGCCCACGUGAAGUCGGAGCUGCAGAAGAGACACACGUGCACAGACUUGGGUGAGCUGCGCAGCUACCUUGGCUUGCAGAUCACCCGGGACAGAGCACGCCGCACCAUCACCUUGACUCAGUCACACAUGGUGCAGCAGGUCCUUCAGCGCUUCGGCUUCACCUGGUCUUCAGCACAGGCCACUCCUCUGGCUACAGGUCACACGCUCUCAGCUCCACCUUCGGACGAGUCCGUAGAGCCGAGUGGUCCUUACCCAGAGCUAGUCGGCUGCCUCAUGUACCUGAUGACUUGCACUCGACCUGACCUCGCGUACCCUCUUGGUCUUCUGGCUCGCUACGUGGCUCCUGGUCGGCACCGACCUGAGCACAUGGCUGCUGCUAAGAGGGUACUGCGCUACUUGUGCAGCACAUCAGGCAUGGGGCUAGUGCUUGGAGGGACGAGCCCAGUUGUCCUCACUGGGCACUCAGACGCUUCUUGGGUUGACGACCUGGCUACUCAGCGGUCGUCACAGGGUUACACCUUCAGCCUUGGCUCUGGUUCAGUUUCGUGGCGUUCUACACGCUCGUCUUCAGUUCUCAGCUCCAGUUGUGAGGCUGAGAUCUACGCCACAGCCAUGGCUGCACAGGAGUUACGCUGGCUCACCUACCUGCUGACUGACUUGGGAGAGCAGCCUCGUUCUCCUCCAGUGCUCUACGUCGACAACAAGGCCGCCAUUGCCUUGUGUGAGGAGCACAGACUGGAGCACAGAACGAAGCACAUUGCUCUGCGUUACUUCCUGGCUCGAGAGUUGCAGCAGCGAGGCCAGCUUCGUCUUCGUCACGUGGCCACUCGGGCCAACACUGCUGAUAUAUUCACCAAGGCACUUCCGUCUGGUGAUCAUCAGCGCUUUUGUACCCUGUUAGGCCUUGUGCCUACGUUUCCACACUUGCUGUAG